AGGCAUUCAUCUCCAAGCUCACUCACCAAACCAAAGCAUAAGAGUAGGGUUCUAAGAGUGAGCAACUUCAAACACUAUUGUGAAAUGGCUUCCAAGGCUGCACUUCUCUUAUCCCUUAACAUUCUCUUCUUCACUGUGGUUAGCUCAUCAUACGUCCCAUGCAGCCCACCCCCAAAAGUUCCAAAACACCCACCAGUCCCAAAGCCACCUUCCACAAAGUCUGGUACUUGUCCCAAAGACACCCUUAAGUUUGGUGUGUGUGCUAAUCUGCUAGGUUUGGUAAACGUGAAUCUUGGGAAGCCACCAAAAACCCCAUGCUGCUCUCUCAUUGAGGGUCUUGCUGAUCUUGAAGCUGCAGUGUGCCUUUGCACCGCUCUCAAAGCUAAUGUGUUGGGCAUCAACCUCAAUGUCCCCGUCAAGUUGAGCUUGUUACUCAACGUCUGUGGAAAGAAGACUCCUAAGGAUUUCAUCUGCGCUUAAAUCUACACUUCAUAUAACUACUUUAUCAUGUCUUAAGCUUCUUCUAUAUUUCGCUAUAUUCGUUAUUCAUAUCACUAUUAUGUUUACUUUGGUGUUCUGUCUGCCACUUGCCAUUUAGCCAACGAAUGAACAUUUCGUUCGUACUUGGUUAUUGUCAUUAUAAUUGUUGUGAUGGUUGAAAUUUGAGAGGCUCCAUGCUCUUUCUUCUCAGCCUCACUAUAGUUCUUUGUAUUCUAAGUGAAAUUUCUACUAAUUAAUAAAUAUCUUCAGUUAAGCUAAUA